AUGGGCUGCACACCCCGAGUGCUGCUCCUUCUGGUCUGGCUCUUGGCCGAUGCGCAGGAGGAUUGUGAGACGUUGAAGAGCCAAGACACCUACCAGGCAUGUGGCCCUGUGGACAGCGUGCUCGGCCCUUCCGCUCCUACUUGCUUUGCGACGAACUACACCAGCAGCUCCAUCUCCACGUUGCCACAGUACUGCCGCCUCCCAUACGAAAUUCGUGUGGGCCUCACGCUGUCUCUGACGGGCCCACUGGCGCAUGUCGACAGCCCCAACUCCACCGCGUUGAGGAUCCUCGAGCUCUUGGCCUCUGCAAGCAGCCAGAUUUCGCGUGCGGAGCAGGAGGUGCAACUCAGCAAUGGCCAGCGCAUCCUGAGCGUUGAGUCCUGCCUUCGCUUCUGCGUGAUGGAUGACGGAAGCUCGGAGCAGAACAUGGUCGAUCUCUAUCGGUCUUUCGUCGGCGUGAACCAAAGCGAGUCCAACGUGGAUCUCCUCUUGGGGCCCGGAAACUUCCAGUUCCGGAAAGCCGCGGCCCAGGUCGCCGAUGAGUACCAGGUGCCCAUGCUUCUGUGGUCGCUGCCCGAUGAGUUGGCCCGUGUGGGGACUUCCGAGCAGACUCCGCUGGAGUUGUUUCAGGAGGGGGAGGCCAGAAGCAGCCAGACGGAUGCGUCAGUCGAUUUCGGCCGAUACUUCCACGCCUCCACCACGCACAAUUGCGCCAACAACUUCUCUGUGCCAUCAGGCUACUACCUUCGUCGCGGAGCGGAGUUUCUGACUUGUGACGGCUUCUGCGACGAGCAGCGGGACCUCGACUACUGCUGCAGGCCGGACGGUGGUCUAGUUGUGUCCGGCCAAUGGACUCCUCCCGAUGCUAUGGUGAGCACGGAUUGGCAAGACGGCUGCCUGAAGGGCGAGUCCAAUGGCAGCGUGCCAGUCUCCAUUUCCUUGAUCCUCUCCUUUGGCAGGUCGUCCCUCCCCGUGAGCAUCCUCUCCAUCUCGGAUGAGUUUCGUCAACCGGACUUCAUCGUUCAAGGGCAUCGCAUCCCUGCAGAACUUGCUCAAGCUGACAUGCUUCCCGAUGGAGCCAUAGUUACGUACAAUCAGAACUACCUUUCAGCCUCCAGCUGGAGUAUCUGUAUCCGGCAGAACUGCACCGCGUUGACUUGCCCAGCGACGUACAAGCAGCGGGCAGGCGAGAACUAUUGCAUCCAUCAGGUCUGCAGUGCGGACAACAAGGAGGACGUGGCGGCCUGCUGCGAGAAGCAGGCAGAUCUCCGUUCGGACAUUCUCUUUCAAACGCAGUGGACCAGCGUCUUCGAUUUGCUGCCUCGGGCUGAAGUCUGGGGCCUGGACGUUCUGCGGCAGCUCCAGGUCCAGGUCCCGGCCGAUGCGGAUGCGGCCGCUGACCUUGACCUGGGUAACCGGCUAGUCUGCGUGGCUGAGACCCUGGCUUCCUCGCACUUCUACGGAGACCUCUGUAUUUCAUACAUGCACUAUGCGCUGAAUACGCUCAAUUGGCAGACUACCUCCUCGCCGUUCAUCGUGAGCGUCGCUGAAGUGGGACAGACGCUGUCUCGCGUCUACCUCAACCAGCCGAGGCCCACUGUGGUUCUCAUCUGUGGCUCUCUGAACUUCUAUGCGAGUAGCUUCUUCUUCAUGAAGAUGAAUCAGAUUGUGUUCCGCUCUGUUAUCUCCUGGGCGCCCUGGGAUAAGCAUUUACUGGAUGCAGUGGGUGCAGGAGGGAGCUCUCUGAAGUACCGCUUCCUGGAGCCUGUGCCGUGGCCUUCCACGACGGAGCUGCUCCGGACCGGCACUGCCAACGCUGAUCCCUUCACCGUGCUGCGUAGCUUGCAGGAGGACUUUCAGACUGUUUUCAACAAGGAAAUGGCCCGCUACGGCAGUUUCCCUGCCCCGCUGCUGUUCCUGAUGUCGGCCUGGCAAGUCUUCGACACCCUUGCUCUCGGCUUUGUGGCGUUUCGGCUUCAGAGCUUCGACCAGGAGCCUUUUGGGCGCUCCACAAAGCUUCGGCUGCUAAGAGGUCGGAGGCUGCCCGAACAGAGGGGCCUCGAGUUCAAGACGUUCUUGUCGCCCUCUUUGAGCUUCGAUUGGGCCGGCGAGCGGCUGCAGGUGGCGAGGGCAGACGUGUCGACCCAGCAGUUCGCAGCUGAUGAGAUGACCACCGCGAUCGCUGGUGCCAGCCCAGUCACGGCAUGGCAAGCAGCUAUGGCGCGUUACACGUAUGGCGUGGUGCGUCCCGCUGAUCAAUUCCAGGGGAUCCUCUCUCUGGACACCUCGGCUGCGCUUGUCUACCCCUGCCCCAAGGGCUGCGUGGAGUACGGAUCUGUAUGCGAGCCUUGUGCUCCUGGAUACUUCCGUGCCGCCGACGGCAACGCGUGCCAGAGGUGCCCUGUGGGCUUCUACCAGGAUCAGUGGGCUGGGAGCCAAUGCUUUGUGUGCCCUGAGGGCGCCACCUGUGCCGCCAACGGGACGGAUGCGCCGGUGGCGAAUUAUGGUUGGUUUCUCGAGAAGGGGGCGACUGCUCUUCCUGCGAACUAUGAGCUCUUCAACGGCGCGUCUGCCUGCUCGAUCCUUCCGGGCGGAGGGCUCCACACCAUCCCCUCAUCUGACUUGAGCGGCUGGGAUGCCACCAAGCAGGUGCCGCUUUGGAGCCUGUAUCGUUGCAAGCCUGCGGAGAUUUGUCUUGGCAGCAACAUGUGCACGGAGGGCCACGAAGGUGUGCACUGCGCCAGCUGCAAGCAAGGAUAUAGCCGCUACCUGCGCUUCACCCAGGUUUGCGAGGCGUGUCCCAACCUCCUGCAGCAGUUCGUGAUUUGCGCUAGCGUGGUGGCUCUGCAGCUCUUCGCGGCUGCAUGGCUGUCCAGCGCCACGCUCAGCUCUGCGGAGGAGUCGAGUUGCCUGCAGGCACCUCUGGCACUGACGCUCUUGCAGAGCCUGCAGAUCUACUCGCUGCUCCUCCGAACAGUGGUCAAGUCCUUCAACUUGUCCUGGGCGACGACGAUUCCGGUCGCGGAUAUUCUGAUGACGCCCUUCCUGCUUCCUCUGAUGAGCUGCGUUCGAACGGCGGAGAGUGUCGAGGGCGUCCAGUUGCACAUCCUCUCUAUUGUCCUCUCGGCGGGUUUUGGCUAUCUGCUCGUCGGGCUGCGAUUCCUAGUGCGGAUCCGCCAUCGCAACGUGGUGAACGAUUUCCUGCGGCAUGUUCUGGCGCUGAACGUGGUCACGCUGCCGUACUGCAUCUACUGGGCGGUUCACUACACGACCUUUUGCUCUGUCAGGGAGGUGGUGCUAUCUGGUCCUGCAGCUUGCUUGCGCGUGUCUGGACCGUCCUACGCCUUGGUAGCAUUGAUCUGCAUGGCCAGAAUCCUGGAGCUCUAUGCCGUUUGGAGCAGCAGAUAUGACCUCAACAGGAUCCAAGUCCGGCGACGGUUUGGUUUGCUCUUCACCGCGCUUCAGCCCCGCUACUACCUGUGGUUCGCCUUGGAAGGGUCGGCGCUGUUCGUCUUAGCUGGGGCCGUCCCUGUGAUCGAUACCGUCUCUGGGAUCAUCCUGAUCCUCGCCAAUCAAAUCUUCAUGCGGGCUCUCUACGCCGUCACCACGCCAUUCUGGACCGUGAAUCGCCAGGCUCUACGGAAGACGAAGCAGCGCGUCUCCUCCUGCGUGAUCUUCGCAGCAACCAUGUGUGCUCUG